CGCUUCACUCUUUCAGCGAUACUUGCAUCCGUUCAUUCGGCCAGCUGCGACAUUCCCUAUUGCCUUCCGGCCCCAAAUAAGCUAACACUUUCCUUAAUUGCUACUAUUCCCGACUUCUGCGCCAUAUCAAGACCAAUCUCACGACCACUUGACGAACCACGCAAACAUACUACUUGCAUUAUGGACUCCAUCAGCUUUAUCGUGACGCGCGACAACGAUGCCGAGAAGGCGCAGUUGAACACCCUGCAGACCACGCUCCUGGUAGCGCUCCUGACGCUAUUUGUACUCGCCGUGGUCCUGAUCGGCUCGCUAUUUUUCCUGCGAAGAGUCCGCCGGGCCAGGAAAAACGCAGAGGCACAGCUUCCGUUGUAUGAGAAGAGGCAGUCAAGCCACCGCCGCCUCACGAUCCAGGCUACCCGUGAAUCUGUCGUCGUCUACCAAGAGAGGAGAGACCUACUGGCAAACUCCUCGAGCCCGCCCCAGAGUCCUGUACCCGAGAUCCGCAUCACGUUUCCCGACGAGGUCGACUCCGCUGGCAAACGGCAAUCGGGCCGCGUAGUUGUUGUACGGGUUGGAGAGCACAGUGUUGGACUGGAGCCUUUGGACGAGGACCUGCCGCCCUACGAGCGCGAUGGCGAUCGCUUCGAUUCCCUCGACCUUGACCGCAUUGGCGGGCUGAAGGAGAAGGACGACAAGUACUACUCGUAAAUCUACUACGAACCUCCUCCGCGAACCAGCCCAGCCCAUUACCAACCGGCCGCU